CAAUUGGAGCCCAGUAUAACAGUAUUAUAAAUUCUACUUUAGUUGGAGCAAGUGGAUGUGGUGUUGAAGUGGAAUUGAUGUUGCGCAAAAUAAAGAAAUUUAACUGCUCAGAUAGGUCUUAAUAACUUAUUCAGCAGUUUGUACGGUUUUCAAAUAAAAAAAAAUCGACACAAGAACGCGUGCACAUAAAACAAAACCCGAUGAUAAAAUUCUUUGUUAGUGUUUUUAACGCGACAAAGGGAAGUAUUUCACUACAUUCCGCAUGCUAAAAGGUGCGAAAUUUACUUUCUUGCUGUGCAAAGAAAUAAGGCGGAAAUUCAAGAUAAGUGAAUAAAAAAUUUUACUAGGUUCUCUACUAUUAACGCGAGUUAACGCGUAGAAAAAGAUAAAACGGUUAACAAUAAGUGAAUUUUCUGGACGUAUUCAAGUGUUUGAAGCGUUCGGCGAAAAGGCGUGUGACAGUACGUUUGGACGUUGUAAAAAAUACAAACCCUGUGGAACACCAAUUGGCGUAAUUGGCAAACAUGGCACCAGCGUUAAGUAAAAUAACACAAAAUCAGAGCGCCAUAGUGGGAGUGGCGGGUGUUUCUGCCGCUCUUUGGAUAAUUGCCUAUGGCAAAAUGUCCAGCAAGCGUAGAAAACCGGGCUAUGAGGACAAAAUACAAUACACAAUUGCCGAGAAGAAAGACAAAAAGGGCACAAAAGCUCACGUCAAUGCGGUAUUCUUCAAGCAAUUGCGACAGCUUUUGCCCAUACUCGUACCCCGCUUUUGGAGCGUUGAAAGCGGUUUGUUGUUCUUGGUGGCCGCUUCCCUGAUCGGUCGUUCUGUCAGUGAUAUUUGGAUGAUACAGAAUGCCACUGUGGUGGAGAGCACGAUCAUACACAUGAACAAAGAUAAAUUCAAAUCAGCGCUACUCAAGUAUUUAGCCGCUUUGCCAAUGAUAUCAGUUGUCACGAAUGUGCUGAAAUGGAGUUUGGGUGAAUUGAAGUUGAGAUUCCGUACAAAUCUAACACAUCAUCUGUACAAUCAGUAUCUGAGCGGUUACACGUAUUACAAAAUGUCCAAUUUGGAUAAUAGAAUAGCCAAUGCCGAUCAAUUACUUACCACAGACAUCGAUAAAUUCUGUGAGAGCGCUACAGAUUUGUAUUCGAAUAUCAGCAAGCCUGUGUUGGACAUAUUUAUCUAUGUCUAUCGCUUAACGGUCAAUCUGGGUGGCAAGACUCCUUCCAUACUUAUGUUGUAUUUGCUUUUCGCCGGUAUCGUCCUCACGCGCUUGCGUCGUCCAACCGGUCGUCUAACGGUGGAGGAGCAAAAGUUGGAAGGUGAAUUCCGUUAUGUGAAUAGUCGUUUGAUUACGAACUCCGAGGAGGUCGCCUUCUAUCAGGGCAAUACACGCGAGAAGCUCACGCUGCUGGCCAGUUAUUCGAAAUUGCGCACACAUCUACGUAAAUUCUUGGAAUUCCGCGUUAGCAUGGGUAUUGUCGAUAAUAUUGUGGGAAAAUAUUUCGCCUCAAUUGUCGGAUUUUAUGCAGUAUCAAUUCCAUUCUUCACGGACAAUCAUCCCUUGUUGUCGGGCGAACACAGCGGUCAACGUUUGCAGGCUUACUACACUUACGGUCGAAUGUUGGUGAAAUUAGCCGAAGCAAUCGGUCGUUUAGUAUUGGCUGGUCGCGAGAUGUCGCGCUUGGCUGGCUUCACGGCGCGCAUGACCGAACUAAUCAAAGUGUUGAGUGAUCUGAAUAAGGGACGUUACGAACGCACCAUGGUGAAUAACGUUUUGAAUGGUGACAAUUGCUUCGGCCCGAAUAAGGGUAUUAUGACAUUCGUGGAUAAUAUUAUACGAUUCGAGAAGGUGCCACUCGUUACGCCAAAUGGUGAUGUGCUCGUGAAGGAACUGAGCUUUGAGGUUAAAUCGGGCAUGAAUGUGCUGGUGUGCGGUCCAAAUGGCUGUGGUAAAUCAAGUUUAUUCCGCAUACUCGGCGAGCUGUGGCCCACAUGGGGUGGCAAAUUGACGAAACCACCACGUGGUAAACUCUUCUAUAUACCACAACGUCCAUACAUGACGCUGGGCUCACUACGCGAUCAGAUAAUCUACCCACACACCCGCGACGAAAUGAUACGCAGCGGCAAGAGCGACGAAGAUCUUAUGAAGUACUUGGACAUUGUACAGCUCACUUACUUGGAGCAACGCGAGAAUGGCCUGAAUGCCAUUGAGGAUUGGAUUGAUGUGUUGUCGGGUGGUGAGAAGCAACGCAUAGCGAUGGCGCGUCUCUUCUAUCACAGUCCGCAGUUCGCCAUCUUGGAUGAAUGCACCAGCGCCGUCUCGGUGGAUGUUGAGGGUAAAAUGUACAGUUAUUGCCGUGAGGCAGGCAUCACGUUAUUCACGGUGUCGCAUCGCAAGUCGCUGUGGACGCAUCACGAUUACUAUUUGCAAUUCGAUGGGCGUGGCAGUUACGAGUUCGCACCAAUCGAUCAGGCGAAAGAGCAAUUCGGCUCGUAAAUGCGUCAAAUCGUCAAAACAUAAAAUAAGUAAAUAAAUGCAGUAGAUCGUAUGUAGAUAAAAACGAAUAGUAACAGCAGUCAAUAGUGGUAAUGUUAAGAACGCCGUCAACAACGACAUCUCGGAAAGCGUUGAGAAAGCGCAAGUGCUAAGUGAGCUUUUAUGAGUUUUGAAGUGUUUAAAGGUGUGAUUUAUGGUAGCAGGGGAUAGUAGUGAAGUGCAAUGUACUUGUAACUGUGUAUUUUCAUUUAAAAAAAUAACAACAACAAAUUAAGUGAAACGUGACAAAGCUCUGUGAAAUCAAGUUCAAGGAAAGGUCGUUUAAAUUUUCUAUUUUUUAUUAAUUCGUUUGCUACCUUGCUUACGCAUGUUUAAUGCAUAUAUUUCCGCGCUUUUAUGACUUUUAACAUAUAGAAAUCACCUUCUCGAACUUACUAAAACCUCACUUACCACUUGUGCGCUUCCAUCAUAAAAUACAAAAAAAAAUCAAAAACGAAAUUCUCCGACUUCAAAGUUAGUUGCUUAGGUGUGAAUACUUUUCGUUAGCAUAUAUAUAAUUUGGUGAUCUUUUUUUAACAUAACAACUAUUUACUUUAAUUGCUUUUGUGUUGCUUAAAGUAAGAAUACGUACAUAUGUAUAUAUACCAUAUAUAUAUGUAUAUUUCUUUUCCUGCUCUCGCUCUGAACUAAGUUGUGUGUAUGUAUGUAUAUUUGUAAAUUGGUGCUGGCGGUAAAAAGUAAAAAGUGAAUUGUAAAAGUGGCGUUAAUGAACUGCAACAUAUUUUAUUUGUUUUUUAGUUUAUUAUUUAAUUAUUAGCUAUUUUAGCUAUGUAUGUAUGUAUGUAUCAUACUUCCAAAUAUAUAAUUUAUAUCGUAUACAAUAUAUAUAUACCAUUUAAUAUAUAUGUACAUAUAUAUAUACGCAUAUUACAUAGAGAUUAUUAUAAUUUGCUUUUAAAACGAUGCUGUUUGAGUAAUUUGCUAUGCAGUGUAGUGGUUAAAACAACAACAAUAACAACUUAUUUACAAUCUUAACUGUACUUGUAUACAUAUAAAUACAUAAAAAACAAACACACACUCUUGUAUAUUGUAAAAAAUAAUGAAAUAAAGUAAAUUGUGUAAACUAAAAUGAAUAAAUGUAAAGAAAUUGUAUUAAAAAAAAAA